GUUGGCUAGCGCUUAGCUUCAGUCCUCAGCGGUAACUCGAACAGUGAACAUCAAACAACACAGCAAGUGAUUUUAAGAAAAAAUCAUUCACAAAACCAGGGUUGUGUGAGCCUUGUGGUUGUGUGAUUAAUAUUCAAACAGAAAAAACAAAACCGGUCCAACAGCUGAUUGUGUGUUUGCAAAGCGUCCGUGGAUUAAAUUUGGAUUUUGAACUCUGUAACGGAGGUGUGGACACGAAUUGUGAAGCAGAUCGGUGCGGUGCAGUACCAGUGAUACUCAAUUUAAUCGUCUUCUGCCUUUUCAGUGAGGUACCCCUUUACUGAGACGGCAACCGAUCGCUCAACAGCCACUCAAUCAACGGCAAAACGUACUCUCCUUAAUUCGAGUCCAAGUGAAUCUGAUUUUCUUAUUGUGCUCUGUGACAAAGAACUGUACCUUCUUCUCGAAUAAAGAAAAAGAACAGAAUCCAUUCCGUAGGCCCCGCGCGUCGAAAGUGUGACGUGCGCCCACUUACUUAACGAGGCUUGAAGGAAGAAGCAAUUGAUAGCGUGAUCUCGGGCGUCAACUCCAAGUGGUCCAGUCGUGUGACGGGAGUGAUACGGUCAAAGUGAUAAUUGAAUCUCGUGGAUCGCAUCGGCGAAGUGAAUAAGAAGAACAAGAAGAGUACCAAUCAUCGCAAAUCGAAAGCAAUUUUCUAGUCGGCGUUAAAGAUCGCCAAUUCAGUUUGACUGCUGCAACUGUGUGAAAGUGAGAAGAAUCCAGUGCCAAUUGCCUAUCGACGUUCGCCAGGGAUCGUUGAAUUUAGGCUAAAAAUAGUGAUACUGAGUAUAGUACAGUUCAAGUGGUUGUUGCCAAUCUCAACGUUAAAAUGGCUGCUAAAGUGUUGAUCAGAUUGAUUUGCACCCUGCUCGUGAUGAGCAAAUGUAUAGAUAGUGCGAAAAUCUUGGCUAUAUUUCCAGUACCGUUCAAAGAACAUCAGCUGGUUUACAGGCCGCUAAUAGAGAGAUUAGCUAACAGGGGACAUCACAUAACACUGCUGACGACAGAUCCAAUUGACUUGCGCGUGGCUGGAAACGGAACGCUGGUCGAGAGGAUACAGCAGAUCGAUGUCAGUUUUGUGUACAAUCUACCAAUCUUGGAGGAUCUGAACACGGUCAGUUUGGAUGCCAAGGAUAUGCUGAUGAACAUCUUCAACGUAAUGAGAAAGAUUUCCGAGGCAGAACUUCAGCACCCAUUGGUGCAGGAGUUGAUCAAGGGUCACGAUCACUUCGACCUGGUAAUGGUCGAAUGGUCCGGUGUGACGUUGAUGAACGCUUUCGCCCACCACUUCAAGGCUCCUCUGGUCGGAAUCACCAAUGGCGGAGCCUUUAUCAACGCCCACGAAGCAUUCGGUAAUCCAAAUCACCCAGUUGGCUACCCAAGCAUUUUCAUGCCAUUCUCGGAGGAUCUGAGCCUGUUGCAACGAAUUUCCAGCGUUUUAUUCACCAUUUGGUACCGAUUUUACUACUACUCCUACGAGAUUCCCAAGCAGAACGUCAUCGCCAGAGCCAACUUCGGCUCCAGCCUCCCGGACCUUCUCGAGAUCGAGGAAAAUGCCGACCUGCUGCUGAUCAACACCUACCAAGCCCUCGGUAAUGUCCGCCCCGUCGGUCCCACCACCAUCUACCUCGGUGGGAUCCAUCGUAAACAAACUCUCGGUGACGAAAUGAGCGAAGAUCUGGCCCUGUUCCUGCAACAGGCCCAGGAGCCGAUCGUAUACGUGAACCUCGACCUUGAUCCGGUGAUGGACCUCCACCGCUUGGACAAGAUCGUCAAAGCCUUGGAAACCGUGGACGCCACAGUCGUGUGGAACUGGAACCAGGGACAACUGGUCAACACUUCCGCCAGAAUCUACCAAUCGUACAACCUACCGCAGGAGGAAAUUCUCGCACAUCCUAAGGUGAAACUGUUCAUCACCGGUGGCGGUCAGCGGAACAUCGAGGAUGCCAUCCAUCACCGUGUUCCGGUCCUUGGUGUCAGUUCUUCCACGCUGCUGGAGCACUAUCUGCUUCAGAUUUCCAAGUACGAAGCUGGCAUUAUAUCGCUAAUCGACUUCGAACCGCAGAACACCAUCACCGAUAAGCUGCAAGAUGCCUUCGAGCUCGAAAUCUACCAAACGAACAUGGACAAGCUCAACCGGCUGCUGGCGGACAAACCGUUGGAUUCCCUUGAGCGGGCAGCGUGGUGGAUUGAGUACAUCAUUCGGCACGAGGGCACCAGGCAUUUGCGCGCGCCGCGGCUCUCAUGGUUCCAGUACUUGAUACUAGAUGUCACAGUGACGGUUGCGGUCCUCGCUACAAUCGCUACGCUGGUGGUGUUCCACCUGAUUGGGCGGGCGAUGCGUUACUCAAAGAGUUUGCCAUUUGAAAUGGUAACGCGGGGAAGCAGAAAGUGCAAGCUGCUGUGAGAACACACAGAAGUGACUGACAGCAUAGCUACAGCUGUUUUGGAACCGUUUGACGGUUAUGAUGUAAGAACACGUGAGAUGAGUGUGUGAGAAACUUUGAGUGGAACCUUGUCAAAUGCGUAUCGUAAUUUUAAGAACAAAAUAAUUGUGAUAUUAGCGUUAAGUGUUAAAAGUUAAAUAAACUAUAGACAUAAUUCAAAAUAAUUCGAGUCAAGUAA